AUGACGAGUCCAAGAAAUGAAUUUCCAUUUCAUCGAAUUUCUCAAACAAGAGAUCCCGACGUUGUGUUCUCAUCCUCGUCCUCCUCAACAAUUGGAUUGAAAAAACUCUUAAUCCUACGAGGAAAAGAGCCACCACACUUUUUUACAUGUAUUUGCGAGAAAUUUAAUGGAUUUGUUCGAAAUCCAGAAUUAUUUAAAUGGCACAACAAGGAAUUUCAGCCCUACCAACCCGAUGAUUCAUUUGCAUUGUUGAGUUGUGUGGAUGCGAUGGACCAAGCUGAUCUGACCCAAGAGCACAUUCGAAUAUUUCGAUUUUAUUUUGAUUAUGAUUUUGUGGUUUUUCCACUCUAUGCUGGUUGUGAUGUACCCUCCCACAUCGAACCCCUCUUGAAUGACAUUUUGAACAUGAUGAAAGAAUUAAUUUCAUCUAAACGGAUCGCUGUACUUUUUUUAAGAGGAGGUCGCGAAUACAGUGUUCCCUGUAGACUUGGUUAUGUGAAAGAUGUGAAACAGGGCUUUGUCGAAUAUGCUUUUCAAUACAUGGAUAUCAAUGUAACAGCACUGAAUGAGACAUGUUUAAAAAGUGCGCUAUUGAUGGAAUUUAAAACAAAGUAUCCAGAGUUAUUUAUUCAACAUGAGAAGAUUCAACAAUCAGUAGAUCUUUCACAAAGCUAUAUCUGUGCUGUUCUCGCAGAAGCAUGUACCGAUCUUUCGAAAUGGAACAUUCUUGCAACUGCAGAAGAGGGCAAAAAGCUAUCCCUUCUCCUUCACAAAACAGAGCGAGUCAUGUUCACACCUUGGUAUGGCUUUAAUCAUGGUAACGAACUUUCACAUGACAUUGUGCGAUAUUUCUGUAAAUAUUUGGUGUUGGAAUAUUUGAGAGAGGAUGACUCGAAUUUCAAAAUGAAACUCACACAAAAGUAUCAAAAUGUUCAGUUAUGCGAUACUGCUGUAGUGACCAUGCAGUGA